AAUCAAAGUUACUGACAGGGAUAACAGAGGAACCAAAACAAAGGAAGUAAAGUACAUGAGAGGAGAAUCCAGUCCAGAAUAUUGGGAGAAAUAUUAAAAAUAUUAUUUUGUCUCCAUCAAUUAAAACUCUAAUAAGCAUCUAACACUUUUUUUUAUCACCUCAACUGCCUCCUGUAUCACUAAAACUAAUGUUGCUCAGGAAUCAAACAGUGAAGACAGAAACAAGAGAUACUAUCAGAAACAUUUUCCCACACUCUGAGACACAGACUGGUAUUGAUCACAUGUAAAUGUUAUUGAUGGCCUCACUCUCGUCCGUCUGUAUUGAUCCGGCUCCUUUCUUUGUCCUUACGCCUUCCAGCUGUCGGAGUUCUGUGGACCGGAUCCUCUUGUUGCUGUCAGCGAGACGGCGUUCUGCAUCAGCAUCACUGAAUCAGUGAGCACUGUGAUUUGCUUGUGCGACUCGUGUUUUUGCAUGUCGCUUUUGCAAUUCACAGCGUUCACUUGCUUAAAGCAAAAUGCGUGGUGAUUUUCUACACCUGAGCACCUGUGAACGACUUACUUUGAUUCAUAAUACUUGUUACACUGCUUAACACCCAUUUGUUUGCCUAUACUGGAUGCCAAAUUAGAUCAAACGAGAAAUAAAUGUGUGCCGUGUUGAUUUACUGCAAGACUAAAACCUCUUUUUUGAUCAUGUGAAAUGAAAUUAACAGAAACAGUGUGUGCAUGAGAAAAAAACAUGCAACUUAACCGAUCUAUAACAAUUUGGCCAUAAGCUGGAGCCAAUGGAAGAUGGAUGCCCCGUGUUGGCCACUUCAGCUAACCUCCAGUCAAUUGGUGGACAUAAACCCAGGAUGCAACGGCACAAAAAAAAGACCCUGUGCAUAUUAUCCUAAUCGAGUAGGUCUGUAUUUCUUCAUAAAUUCCACUAUUGCUUUAUCAGCACUCUUUAUGCGAUUCAUAAGUGGAAACAUAUUGAAAUGCGUCUACUUUCAUUUCAGGAGUGGUUUUUACAUUUUCAGUCUUACUCAAAUCGCUUACUCGCCAAUGUCAAUAUGCAGCAGUGAAUGUGUUGAAGACAUUACACAUGAUUUUGACAUUUGGGUAAAUAUGCUAUCAGAUCACUUUGAGGUUGAUAUUUUUGCUAUGAAUAUUUGUAGAGUCAUUCUAAAGCGUGGCGUUAGCUUUAAGGUUAACUUUGGGCGGGGUAAUGGUCCUAAAACAUACAAGCAAUGAAAUGCUAUAGAAUGGCCCAGUCAAAUUCUAGAUCUUGAUCCAUGUGAGAAUAGGUGGCAACUGAUGAUCAAAGACACCUUUCGUCCAAUGUGACUGAGCUUUAGUUAUUUUUGAAAAGAACGAUGGUCAAAAAUGUGUCUUACUCUCUAGAUGUGCAAAGUUGGUAGAGACAUUCCCAGCUGUAACUGCAGCAAAAAGGUGAAUCUACAAAGAGCUGGCUUCAACAGAAAUGCACAUUUCUGAUUUUUAUUUGUACAAAAAGAUAUAAAAACAUGAACCACUUCACAAAAAAAAUAAAAUAAAAAUCUUUACAAUGAUCUAUUAGGCGAUCUUCAUUAAAGUUUGUGGUUGAAACGUGGCAUAAUGUGAAGGCUCUGUUUAAUACGGUGCUAUGUUCCAUCUCAGAAGUGAAUCUAACCAGAUUUUAUUCUUAAUUGAUAUGCCGUCCACUGACAUGACUCUUAUCUGUUAUUGACUGUUUUAAUACCAGCCACAAAAUCGUCUCCUCAUACUCAUGUUUAAACGGUUUAGCUGUGUGUUGUGCUAUGCGUUUUUGUGCACGUCCUGUGGCAUUGUGUGUUGUGCUAUGCGUUUUUGUGCACGUCCUGUGGCAUUUUUUUUUUUAUUUCCCUCCACUCUCUUCCAGAAACAGGUGUUUCGUUUGAAACGCCAGAGGGCGACGGUGAACCGCCUAUGAGCCCAGAAACUGCGUCACAAGACUGGGCGGAGCGGAGUGAUCUCAAUUUAUAUACAGGGGACAGAGCGUCUCUCAAUGUAGCUUGGCGGACAGCGAAGGAAACAUCUCAGCAACAAAGGGCAGGCUGGAGUUUGUUUACCUCACACGGUGGAGUUUCCACACGGACUAUUCAGCCACUUUUCAACCACUUUUCCCGACUGACUCUGGAAUAUACUCGCUUGUUGACGUCUUUCCCCUCCACUUUUUAUUUCUUUUUCGGGAUUUAUUGUCGCCACUUUGGACUAGUGGACCAACAUUAGAAGUCCCACAAACUGCUUUUCCACUGUUUUUGAAGUUAGGUCCAAUGUGUCAACGCAUGUCAGUCUUGUGACUGACAUGCACUCUUUAAGACCGCCAAAUCUGCUCGAUGGCUCGACCGAAGUAACGCCAGCAGAGGGGACCGGCGGAGACCCAGCAUCGUCAGCGCGAACACCACGUUCCUCGAAGCACACAGAGCGGAGCUGCGCGCCGCAGGCGGGCGCCUCCACAGCCGGGGGAGGAGGAGGAGGAGGAAGAGGGGAGCCGGACUCGGACUCGCCGCCGUGCACCGUGAGCCCGGCCAGUUUAGACGUCUUUCGAAGCAGGUCGAUAUUUCGCCCUCCCCGCCGCUCGUCCAGCGGAUACUUCUCCUUUGACUGCGACUCGCUGCCGAGCUCCCCGCUCUCUCCGCACCCAGUGACGGCUGACAAAACCACGCAGACCCCCAGCCCCACCGGCCAGGUGAUGAACCACGCCCUGCAGCGAAUGGCUGUGGAGCACGGUGGACUCGGGCUGCACGGGCACUCUCCCAACCACUAUAGCACUAUUAACGCGGCGCGGGAUAUGCAGUCAGAAACCUUUGGUCGUCAACUCCGUGCUAUUGGAGAUGACUACAACAACCACCUGAUGGUAAGGAGGAUGGCGAGAAGACACCAACGGAAUAUAGUCCCUCUAAACCUGAUGCCGCACAUCCAGCAAGAGCCUGUUGCCAUGCUUUGUGUCUGCCUUCUGCUCCUCCUGGUCGGACGAAUAAUGUACAUGCAAGGCAACACAAGCAGCCAUGACCACUCUCAGGUUUAGCCUUAGGAAAACCCAGCAGACGUAGCAUUCUUCUUGAGUAUGUUUUGAACAUAUAUCAAAUAUUGACUCAUAUAUAUGAUGUCAUAUACCUGUUCCUUCCCCCUAUGAACUCUUCUCUUUUAGGAAGGAACUCUAAAAUGUUUGAUUUUUCCUAAUGGCCUCAGAGUCGCCAUCAUUUUACCAAAGCGGCAAGAUUUGCACUCCGUUUCUUGAACAGAGUCAUUUGACCUGAAAAAUAUGCCUGUGGAAAUUCAAACGUGCCUUGUACAGUUUGUUGUUUACUUUAUUAAGAUUGAUUUAAGGUUUUUUUUGUUUGUUUUAUUUUAACUAUUGUACAGAGAUUAUGUGCUUCCUGAGCGAUCACGGUCUGUGACCCAGAUUUGUUCAAGUUUAUGGGUCUAAAAUUAUUUUCUUUUAUUUUCCACCUGUCAUGCAUUCAAAAUAUACGUGCAUUUACAUUGUCAUAA